GUUUGCGUGCAUUCUUCCACUCAGACAACGGAUGUGAGCAUCGAGGAUCGACUCUAUGGGGUUUGGCGCCAACUGGUUCCACACUUAGUGUCCAACCAAAUCUUCGUCUGGGCCCAUCAACAUGGAGGCAUUGCACUGCUACAUCCCUUCACUCCUAUGCCUGGAAUAUUUCCAGGUUUUCCAGCCAAUUCUACUAAACCUGUAGUCGACAAGGACUCCAGUUGCUCCAGUGAUGCUUCUCCAACAGCUGAUGUAAAAUCGCCCAAACUCAGUCCCUCAAAAAUACCUGCUCAUGCGGGACCGAACGAUAUACCACCAUCCUUGUUUGCUCAACCACUUCCUGGAGGCAGCCGUUCCUCGGACGAUCGCUUGACACCCUUCACAUCGGCGGGCACCCAUUUGCAGCAGGAACGAUGUCCACCACAAUCGUCCCUAAAUAGUGAUCUUGAAUCCAACCUUCGCAACAAAUCGAAAGAAUUACUUUGGAAUUCAUUCACCGUCAAAGCCCGUGGUACUCGCAGGAGGCACAUGUCAGCCAACGCUGUUUUGUCCACCAGCAGCUAUCCCGUUUCCAGCUCUGAGCUACCCAUUCUCACGACCUGUUCUCUCUGCCAGGCUACGGCAACGCACUCAUCCUCUGAUAGAGAGGAUCACGCACAUAGUUCCCUCACCCACACUGCUAUCAGUCCCGUUAACGGGGACACCAUGCAGCCAGGGAUUGGCAAACCCUGGCUGGACCACCAUGUCAACCCUGCAGCGUCGCCACUCGCUUCUCGCAUGGAUAAUCACGAUGAGCUUCGAACUGCUGCGUUACCUGAUCGCCCUUCUGGAAUGGAUAGUGGCCUUUGUCCCCUACCAACACUGAGUGGCGCUCAGUGCAAUGUUGAUUCUUUUAGUCGGAUCACUCCCACCGUCUCGGGUAAUGGGACCACUACUGGUGAGGAUGUCGCUGGCCUGAAACUUCGCCUUGCUCGAGCUUGGCAGCGCAAAGCUGAGCGGAUGAACUUAGAACUCACCACACGUGUCAUGGCGAUCGUUUUCACGGAAUGCCCUGCCGCACUGAAUCUCCAGCUGGAGGGCAUUGGAUGGGGGUUGCAACUUCUGAAUGGUCCGACGGACAGUGCAAUGCCGUCGCUUUUUCGUCCUUCCAUCUUGCACGACCUUAUUCCUAACCGAGUGUCGAAAUUUAGAAAAUGGUUAAUUCAGGCAAGUACCAUGUGCUUCGCGCCUGUUGUGUUUGUAUGUUCCCUGACUAGUCGCAGUGUUUGUUGA